GGUAGUGCGCGGGGUGCAGGGCGCGUGACGGCUUUAACUCAAGCACGCGUUCAUUUCUUAACAAUGCGCGCGGUUAGGUUUCCCCGAGCGAACAGGUUCCCCUGGAGGAGAAGUGUGAGCUUUUAAAACCGACCCGCUAAACAGAAUGAGGAGAAUAUUAACUCGGUAAAAUAACAAUAGUUAAUAAUGAUUUAUAGUAAUAAUAAUAAUAAAUAAUAAUAAUAAUAAGAGAGAGAGUGAUCCGGGGGAAGAACCCAUGAUGUUCUGAGGAAGGACGAGACUGGAGACUGGGAGGAGAAAAGAGAAAGGAAAGACUAAGGUGGAAAGCGAAUACCCAGGAUGAUUUGCGGCUUGAAUAAAACCAAGUUCAUAGGCGUGAUGAUGAUGGUCAACUUCCUGAUUUACAUCCUGGUGGAGAUGACACGGAGUUAUGGCAGCCUGGACCCCACGAAGCCCCGCAUACCAUCGAAGCUAUUCUGGAAAAAGCCCCAAGUCAGCAAGGCCUUUUGGAACAGCAAGCAACAACAUCUUGACUUUGUUUACAACCCGCUAAUCGUUCCCACUACCGUUGGCACCGUCAGCGUGUCCCUUGGAGAAGUCACACAGCACUCCAAUCAGAUAAACUUUACAACCAAGAUAGAACAGUGCAAACCAGACUUUACGGUAACCACACAGAUUAAGGAUUACAAUUCCCUGCCUCAACGCUUCAAAGAUUUCCUGCUUUAUAUGCAGUGUAGAUCGUACCCGAUGCUUAUAGAUGCACCAGGUGUGUGUUCUGAAACACCGUUCCUGCUGCUUGCUGUCAAGUCACUGACGCCUCAUUUUGACCGGCGCCAGGCUAUCCGGGAGUCCUGGGGACGUGCAGGGAUCCUGGCCAACUACAGUGUGGCCACCGUCUUUCUCUUGGGCAACACAGAGGGAACCGAUUACUUCCCGAAUGUUUCGGAUAUGCUUCGUUACGAGGCCUCGCUGCAUGGUGACCUGCUGCAGUGGGACUAUCGUGACACGUUCUUCAAUCUCACCCUGAAAGAAGUCCUGUUCCUUGAGUGGAUGGCCGAGCGCUGCCCUUCAGCCCGGUACAUCUUCAAGGGUGACGAUGAUGUCUUUGUGAACACCAGAAGCAUCUUGAAUUACCUCAGCGGACUCUCGGGGAACAAGGCGCGAGAUUUAUUUGUCGGAGACGUGAUCAGUAAAGCCGGGCCCCACCGCGACAAGAAGCUGAAAUACUACAUCCCCGAAAAUAUCUUUGUCGGAUCUUAUCCACCGUACGCGGGCGGUGGAGGUUACUUGUACUCUGUUGACGUGGGAAUCCGGUUGAGAAACAUCUCUCAGCACGUCUCGCUUUUUCCCAUCGAUGACGUCUAUACUGGCAUGUGCCUGCAGAAACUUGGCUUGGUGCCGGAAAAGCACCAAGGAUUUAGGACUUUCAACAUAGAGGAAAAGUACAGAGAGAGUGCCUGCGCCUACCAAAGUUUAAUGCUGGUCCAUCCCAGGAGUCCACAGGAGAUGAUUAAAAUCUGGGGCUGGAUUAGCGACCCCGAGUUAAACUGCCAGUGAUUGAGUGGGACUGUGGUUACAAGGUCAUAAAAUUGAGGGCCUAAUUCUGGAUCACCUGCUAGUCCGGAUGCUGGUGUAGAAGACAUCAGAUUAGGUCUUCAGAUAGUCCAGGCUGGAUUCCACAUGAAUGGAUUGUCCAACCUCUGACUUAACUUGAUGAGCAAAGAAUAAGAUCGCUAAUAUCUCAUCAUCUGUCAGGUAAUCUAAAGUGAAAGUUAAUUGCCCGGUACCAGUGUCCCUCCAACAGCAGCCACCUCACACUUACUUCUCAACUUGUUCAGCAAAUGUCUUUUCACUCAUUUUGUAAAAAAUAUAAUUUCUUUUCACUCAUUUUGUGAAACUUCUUUUGUUAGAUUUGACGCCGUCUUGGGUCUGAAAUAAAAAGAAAAUAUGAAAGUUAAUAACAGGCAUAAAUGCCAACAGACCCAGAUUCUUGGCACACCUUUUUUUUUUUCUUGUUCCAACAUUUGCAAAACUAGUAUUUACAAAUAAAAAAGGCAUUAUUUUUCUUUCCUUUAUAACAGUUGCAAACUUACAGUUACAGUAUUCUUUCAACCAAAAAAAUAUCAUUUUCCUUUUUUUCAGUGUUCAUUUUUGUUUAUAUACAUUAAAAUAUUGUCAAACUAACGUAAUAAAAUCCUGCACGUUCUGAUAGACAUUCAGUAUCAUUAAAAUGUCCUGCGAUGUUGUGAUGUAUUGUAUUGUUGUCAUGUUGCUCACCUUUAGUUCUGGUCCAGAUUGUCAGGUUUCAAUAGCUUUCCAAGCCGUCCGUUUUAAAUGACUGUAUGUGCUUACCUUUUUCUACCUAUUUUUAUACACGGAAUAUUUCAUUCUUUCAAAAACUGCUGUCUGCAAGUGAUGUUACAACCAAAGAAUGUCAUUUGAAUUCAUUUAUUUAAACAUGGAGUGCAUUUGAUAGCUUAAGCUUAAAAUAAUUAAUUACAUGUAUAAAAAGACUCAAGUGUUCCUGCGAAAGUUGAUUUAACAGUGAUCUAAUUCUGUCAUGAGGUCUAGUAGGCAAGUUGUGCUUUGGGGGGAAUAUGAGGUGGUAUCAAAAAGUUUGGAGACUAGUUUUGUGAUACACCACCAGAUGGCAGCACAAGGCUCCACACGCAGUCACAUGGAGCACUGACCUUCAUAAGCCAGUGUGCUGAAAGACAUCGUCCUGAGUACAUCGUGAGCCAUGCGUCUGGUGCUAUUCUGACCACGUGCUAACCGUUAGCAUGUCUGCGAUUUCAUCAUCGACAGCAAGUUAGAACAAAGAGCGAACGUGAAAGUCUGUGUGAAACUGGGCAAAUCUGCCAGAGAGACGUUUGCCGAUGCUGUAAUUCGAGUUGUUGGAGAUGUUCCAAGUGGCAUGCACGCUUUAAGAGCCCAAGAACGUAACUGUGAGACUAGAGAGAUCAGGAAAACCUUCAACAAGCUCAACCCCCUGUUCGGCAACAUGUACAUGAUGCUCAUCACACAACAAUCCACAACAUCGCUGCCAUUGCCGGUGUAUCAUAUGCAACAGUCCAGGCGAUCCUCACGUGUGAUUUGAAUAUGCUGCCAAGUUCGUCCCCAGGAGCAG